AUGCCAGAAAGAAGCGAGUCAUGCUGUCUUCCGUCUUCGGUCACGUCAGCUGGCAUUUGUUCGCAGAGUGGAGCUUUCAGCAUCGUUGUGAGCGAGAAGAACAUCGGCUGGAAGGUGCCGAUGCAAACAUAUUUGGUCGUUGAGAUCUGCAAGCUGGAUAAUGGAUCCACACUGUUGAGGGAACCACAUCUCACUCGCAAGACGACCAGCUUCUAG